AUGGCCGAAUUCGUGAGGGCCCAGAUCUUCGGGACGACUUUCGAGAUAACCUCCAGGUACUCGGACUUGCAACCCGUCGGCAUGGGUGCUUUUGGUUUGGUUUGCUCUGCGAAGGAUCAGCUCACCAAUCAGAACGUGGCCGUGAAGAAGAUCAUGAAGCCCUUCAGCACACCCGUCUUAGCUAAGCGCACGUAUCGAGAACUGAAACUGUUGAAGCAUCUCAAGCACGAGAAUGUCAUCUCUCUCAGCGACAUCUUCAUCUCUCCCCUCGAAGACAUCUAUUUUGUCACGGAGCUCCUCGGUACCGACCUGCACCGACUGCUCACGUCGAGGCCGCUAGAGAAGCAGUUUAUCCAAUACUUCCUCUAUCAGAUCAUGCGAGGGCUUAAAUAUGUCCACUCUGCUGGCGUCGUUCAUCGGGAUCUCAAACCUAGUAACAUCUUGGUUAACGAGAACUGCGAUUUGAAAAUCUGCGAUUUCGGUCUUGCUCGAAUCCAGGAUCCCCAGAUGACUGGAUACGUCUCGACCAGAUAUUACCGCGCGCCCGAAAUCAUGCUUACCUGGCAGAAGUAUGACGUAGAGGUCGACAUAUGGAGCGCCGGCUGCAUCUUCGCCGAGAUGCUGGAAGGGAAGCCGCUCUUCCCCGGAAAAGACCAUGUCAACCAGUUCUCGAUCAUCACCGAGCUCCUAGGCACUCCCCCCGACGACGUCAUCAACACCAUCGCCAGCGAGAACACGCUGAGAUUCGUGAAAUCUUUACCGAAACGGGACCGGCAGCCGCUCAAGAACAAGUUCAAAAACGCCGAACCCGCGGCUGUUGACCUUCUCGAGCGCAUGCUCGUGUUCGACCCUAAGAAGCGAGUAACCGCAGCGGACGCGCUAGCGCACGAGUACCUUGCCCCUUACCACGAUCCUACCGACGAACCUGUCGCCGACGAGAAGUUUGACUGGAGUUUCAACGACGCCGACUUGCCAGUCGAGACGUGGAAGAUCAUGAUGUACUCGGAGAUUCUUGAUUACCACAAUGUCGAGCCUAACAUGGCUGGAAUCGAUGACCAGUUUAACGGCCAGUAG